GUGUACUACUCAAACGGUCAGUAUAAAUUAGUGUCAAUACAUCAGUACUGAUCUGUAUUUACAUUGUUCGGGUGUUCGUUUGGUCAAUUUUAUUAAAAUGGACGAAAAUCGUCGUAAAGCGUGCAUAGCAAUUAUUUUAGCGUUUUCUAUUCCAAGUAAACGGAUAACUAAUAGGAAGCGAUGGGUAAAAGAAUGGAUUAGCAAACGUAAGAAGUAUUGUCAUUUAAAUCUGUUAAAAGAAAUCCAGCUUUCCGACCCAAAAGACUACCAGAAUUAUUUUCGAAUGAACAGUAACAUCUAUAAUAAAUUACUAAGCAUGGUAGAACCACUUAUUAUUAAGAAAAAUACUAAUAUGAGGGAAAGUAUUCCUCCAAAUCAAAGACUGGCUCUUACUUUGAGAUACCUUGCAACUGGGCGAUCGUUUGAAGACUUGAAAUAUUCUGCAGUCAUCGCGCCAACAACCAUAAGUGAAAUCGUGAUGGAGACUUGCAAAGCUAUAAUUACUGUUCUCAAGGAUCGCAUUCAGCUUUCACAGACUCCUGAAGCAUGGAAAAUUGUUGCGAGUGAUUUUAAUUGCAAAUGGAAUUUCGGUAAUUGUUUGGGAGCCAUAGAUGGCAAACACUUGAACAUAAACCCCCUAACUCGGGCUCCAUUGACUUCUAUGAAUUCGUUAUGUAGUUUACCUAAUAUGUGUAGAGCAUUGGCUUUUCUGUCAUGA